GCUUUGAGGCCUUUAGUUGAACAAACAAUAGGCCCAACUCAAGAAAAAAACAUCGUCUUCAACGAUCAGAAGAACUAACUUUACUCCGCCGGUGUUGACUUUGAUCAGAUCGGCGACGGAAAUGGGAAACACGAGAAUCUUGAUCUUCAUCUGGGCGUGUGUAGCCUUACUCUCUGUAGUCAAAGCUCUUUCUCACGAACCAGAACUUGGCUCAGCUCGUGUCGUGUUUCAGACUAGUUAUGGGGACAUCGAGUUUGGGUUCUACCCCACGGUUGCGCCAAAGACAGUGGAUCACAUCUUCAAGCUAGUUCGUUUAGGAGGGUACAAUACUAAUCAUAUCUUCAGGGUUGAUAAAGGCUUUGUUGCUCAAGUUGCUGAUGUGGCGAGUGGAAGAUCAGCCCCGAUGAACGAGGAGCAAAGGAAAGAAGCUGAGAAGACUAUUGUUGGAGAGUUCAGUGAUGUCAAGCAUGUCAGAGGUAUUCUUUCUAUGGGAAGGUAUGAAGAUCCAAACAGUGCACAGUCUUCAUUUUCAAUGCUUCUUGGUGACGCUCCUCAUCUAGAUCGCCAGUACGCUGUGUUUGGUAAAGUGACUAAAGGAGAUGAAACAUUGAGGAAGCUAGAAGAAGUUCCCACUCGCCGCGAGGGAAUUUUUGUAAUGCCGACGGAGAGGAUCACGAUUUUGUCGACAUACUAUUACGACACUAAGAUGGAGAGCUGCGAAGAAGAGAGAUCUGUCCUGAAAAGAAGGCUUGAAGCAUCUUUUGUUGAGGUCGAAAGACAGAGAAUGAAGUGCUUCCCGUGAAUCUGUGUUUAGGACCCUUUGCUAAGUAAAGAACUGUUCAUAAACAGAGCCUAAAACAAAGUUAAAGCCGACAUCUUUGUUUCAUUUAAUGUAACUCAGGAUGCUACGACACAUAUUCAUUAGUUCUUGAGUUUAAGGUGUUAUUCGUUUGUCCAUUCCAUAAGUGAUACAUCCAAAUGAUCUAUUUGGAUGUUAUUAGUGUUGUGUUAAAAAAAAAUGUUAUUAGUGAUUCUUUUU